AUGCUGCUGAUCAUUGAAGCUCUUCUUCUCAUUUUAGCUGCUCUAGGACAGGAUUGCAGAGCUGCUGGUGCAGGAUAUCCAUUGGAUAUGGCACUGAAUUCAGUUGAUGACCAAUAUGACGGUUGUAAAGAGACAAUGAAACACCUGGAAAAUCUAGGGAAGGAAAUGUUUCUCAAUGACCUUAAUUUGGAUUAUCAAGAAGGUGAAAAAAAUGCAAAGAAACCAGAAGAUAACUUGAAAAAGAUUAAUUCGGUUUCCAUUUAUAUGUACACUAACAAUAAUUCUGAUGUAUAUCGUGAUUUCAAUAAUGCUGUUCGUAGUGAGAAACAAAAAUACAAAAAGGGACCAUUCAAAUGGUAUUCACUUCACUUUCUGUUAACAGAUGCGAUACAGAUUCUGAAGAAAACACAAAAUAAAUGCUAUUUAACUUAUCGUGGUACUAAUGUUGAACUUGGUAAAGAUGUUCUCAACAAAGAGAUUCGUUUGGGUUCAUUCACAUCCUCCUCUCUUAAUCGUAAAGUAGCACAAGAUUUUGGAACUAAAUCUUGUUUUGAAAUUGAAACUUGUGAAGGUGCUGAUGUGAUCAAAUACUCGAAGUAUCCUGACCAGAAAGAGGUGCUGAUUCCUCCAUAUGAGACGUUUAAAGUCACUGCUGUCAAGAAAAGAGCAGAUCAGAAAGAUCCAUGGUGUGACACUGUGUACAUAUUGAAGAAAACUGGGAGAAAAAGUUACCUGAACUGUCGUGUUGAUAAGUGA